AUGAAGAGACUAUUGAAAGGAAAUGCCUUGUUGUAUUCCGUAGCAUGCUUUGCUUCCAUGGGCCAAUUUCUGUUUGGUUAUGACCAAGGUGUUCUUUCAGGUAUCCUGGUCAAUGAACGAUGGCUGAAUUUAUUUGGCCAUCCCAAUGCAACCAUGCAAGGUCUCGUGGUGGCCAUCUUUGAGCUGGGUGCCUGGUUUACAGCUUACCCAACCAGCUGGUUUAUGGAUCGUAUUGGCCGUAGAUGGACAAUCAUGGUGGGCGCUUUGAUAUUUAUUGUGGGCGGCGUGCUGCAGACGGCAUCCAGUACAAUGAUCCAGCUACUGUUUGGUCGACUCAUUGCUGGUUUUGGUAUUGGUUUUCUGAGUACAGUGCUGCCUGUGUACACUGCAGAGUUGAGUAGAGCUCACAACAGAGGCAAAGUCACUGUGUUUGGUAUGAGUAUCAACAUGCUGGGCUAUACAGCUUCCGAGUUCAUCGAUUAUGGUUUUACGUAUGUGGAUAGCGAAUGGUCCUUCCGUGGUCCUCUCUUAUUGCAAGUGGUAUUUGCAUUGAUAUUGGCUGUGGGUACACUCGUGUUGCCUGAAUCGCCGAGAUACUUGAUUGCAAAACACAAUGACAAGCUUGCUAUCAAGACGCUCUCUGAUUUGCAUGGUAAAGACCAAGAUCAUCCAUUGGUGAAUGCUGAAUACGAUGAGAUCAAGACUGCCCUGGAUAUCGAAGAGAAGCUAGGCCAGCCUACCUGGAAGGAGAUGUUUACCAUUUACCGCAAGAGAUCCAUGAUUGGUAUUGCAGUGCAAGCUCUGGGUCAGAUGUCUGGUAUCAAUAUCGUUACGUACUAUGCUCCUAAAAUGUAUGAAGCAGUGUUGGGUCCUGGCAAUCAAACCAUCUUGUUUGCUGGUUUCACUGCCUUGGUCUACUUUUUCGGUGCCAUCAUUGCAGCAUUCCUGGUCGAUCGUGUCGGCCGCCGCCCCUUGUUCAUGGCUGGUUCCUGUGCUAUGGUUGUCUGGCUUACAUUGAUGGCUGUAUUCAACAAGGUGGCCCUUGGAUUGACAUCUGCUAUUCUAGUGAUUGUGUUCACCAUGAUCUAUGUGGGCACAUUUGGUAUGACUUGGGCUUGCGUCGACUGGCUGUAUCCUGCCGAGAUAUUUCCCUUCCGCACAAGAGCCAAAGGCAUGUCCCUGGCUGUUUCAUCCAACUGGUUGUCCAAUUUUGCUGUUGGUUUGUGGACACCUCCAUUACUAGAGGCUAUUGGCUGGGCUACCUAUCUGUUUUACGCAGCUUGGAAUCUGGUGGCUCUAUUCGUUGUAUGGAAAUGGUUUGUGGAAACCAAAGGCAAGAGCUUGGAAGAGAUUGACGCCAUCUUCAAUGAUGGCGCGGGUGCUAUUGAGAUUGAUGACUUGGCGGAAGAAAAGAAGGCCGGAAAUGGUAGAGUGCAACAAGAGAGAUCUAUACUUGAUGCAAAUGAAUUUGAUGAUCAGGAUCAAAUAAAGCCUGAUCAACACCACAAGGAAAAUGUGUAA